CCCUAUCCCGCUCCUUCCACACCAACUCACGCCACUCGUCUCUCCCGACUCCGGCCAGCCACCCCCUUCUUCUUCUUCUUCUCUAGCGAGCUAGGCUUGGAGGUGAGCGAAAAUGCCGGUCAGCAGGAUCGCCGUGGGGAGCCACCGGGAGGUGUACGAGGUCGGCGCCCUCAAGGCGGCGCUCGCCGAGUUCAUCUCCACGCUCAUCUUCGUCUUCGCCGGCCAGGGCUCCGGCAUGGCCUUCAGCAAGCUGAGCCCCGACGGCGUGGCGACGCCGGCCGGGCUGAUCUCGGCGGCGAUAGCGCACGCGUUCGCGCUGUUCGUGGCGGUGUCGGUGGGCGCCAACAUCUCGGGCGGGCACGUGAACCCGGCGGUGACCUUCGGCGCCUUCGUGGGCGGCAACAUCACCCUCUUCCGCGGCCUGCUCUACUGGGUGGCGCAGCUGCUGGGCUCCACCGCCGCCUGCUUCCUCCUCCGCUUCUCCACCGGCGGGCUCCCCACCGGCACCUUCGGGCUCACCGGCAUCGGCGCGUGGGAGGCGGUGGUCCUGGAGAUCGUCAUGACCUUCGGGCUGGUGUACACGGUGUACGCCACCGCCGUCGACCCCAAGAAGGGCAGCCUGGGCACCAUCGCGCCCAUCGCCAUCGGCUUCAUCGUCGGCGCCAACAUCCUCGUCGGCGGCGCCUUCUCCGGCGCGUCCAUGAACCCCGCCGUCUCCUUCGGCCCCGCCCUCGUCAGCUGGGAGUGGGGGUACCAGUGGGUGUACUGGGUCGGCCCCCUCAUCGGCGGCGGCCUCGCCGGCGUCAUCUACGAGCUGCUCUUCAUCUCCCGCACCCACGAGCAGCUCCCCACCACCGACUACUAAGCUCACCGCCGCCUGCCCCCCGCCCGCCCGUCCGUCCGUGUGGUCGAUCGCGUCUCCCCUUGCUUCCAGUCAUGAGUCGUUUAAGUUUGCUUUGAAUGAAUGAAUCCAUCCCAUUCCCAGGGUCGAUCGGUCCAUCAGUUUGUGGUGCUGUGAAACCUGUGACGAUCGACCCUGUCAAUUUGCUUGUGUAAAACCUGUGAAUUCGUCCGCCCGAGUAAUUUCAAGUUCAGUUGAGUUGGAA